CUGGCGCUCACUGCUUUCAAGUUUCUCCUCUCUCUCUCUCUCGUCUCCAUUCUCUCUAGUGAGAGAAACUAAUAAACAACACUGCUAGCUCGUACUUCUCCACCUAUAAAUAGCUAUACGAUAUAUACACGCACGGAGAGUGUGUGUGUGUGUCUUGUGAAGGUUUAUAGUAGUGAAGUUGGUUUCUCCACCUAGUGUUCAGCCGGAAAUGAUGGUGUUAAGGCACGGAGGGGGUGGGGGAGGUUUUCUCGCCGGCAAACAGGUGGUUCCAGUGGACUAUGAAGCGGAGGUCUCGCAGCGACUUCUAGAAGCGUCGCUUUCUAACGAUCUGAAAUCGGUAUACGAAUGCCUUACCGAUCCGUUCGUUGACGUGAACUACAUUGGUGCUGUUUGCCUGAAGAUUCGCAAGAUGGAGCUGAUUUUGCGCGAGGAAUUGCCGAGCGAAGUUUGCGUCUAUUGGGAGGAGUUUCGGACUGAUGUUACGGCAUUGUUUAUCGCGGUUCACAAUGGAAAUGUGGUUCUCGCGAGGAAAUUACUGAGUGUCGGAGCUGACGUCAACCUGCAACUGUUUAGGGGAUUUUCAAUAACUGCAGCUGUGAGGGAGGGCCACCUUGAGAUCCUAGAGAUCUUACUCAAGGCUGGGGCAUCUCAGCCAGCUUGUGAAGAAGCGUUGCUAGAAGCCAGCAUUCAUGGGCGUGUUAAAUUUGCGGAGAUGCUUAUGGGAUCUGAUCUUAUUCGACCCCAUAUUGCCGUUCAUGCUCUUGUCAUUGCAUCCUGUAGAGGUUUUGUGGAUUUGGUGGAUGCUCUCUUGAAGUGUGGAGUGGAUGUGAAUGCAACGGAUCGUUUCUUGCUUCAAUCAUGUAAGCCUUGUCUGCAUGCAAAUGUUGACUGUACGGCACUUGUGGCUGCUGUUGUCAGUAGGCAGAUUUCUUCUGUUCGUCUUCUGCUGGGGGCUGGUGUUAGAAUUGAUGUCAAAGUGCAACUUGGAGCAUGGUCAUGGGAUAUGGCUUCAGGUGAGGAAUUUCGAGUAGGUGCAGGACUGGCAGAACCUUAUCCCAUUACUUGGUGUGCUGUGGAAUAUUUUGAAUCGACUGGUGCUAUCUUGCACUCGCUCCUCCAAUAUAUCUCCCCCAACACUCCUCACUGUGGAAGAACUCUACUCCACCAUGCCAUUCUCUGUGGCAAUGUAGGAGCCACUAAGGUGCUUCUGAAAUGUGGCGCUCACAUAGAGACCCCAGUCAAAACCACUAGAAACACUCAGUUUCGUUCAAUACAUAUGGCUGCCCAUCUUGGAAAGAUGGCGAUUCUUCAGUGUUUAAUUGAUUCUGGCUGUGAUCUGAAUUCAAAAACAGAGACCGGUGAAACAGCUUUAAUGAUCUGUGUCAAAUACAAGCAGGAAGAGUGCCUUAAAGUAUUGGCCAGGGAAGGUGCUGAUUUUGGAUUGGUUAAUAUAAGUGGCCAAUCUGCAAGUUCUAUUGCUGGUUCCUGUGGGUGGUAUCUUGGAUUUCAACAAGCAUUGCUUGAUGUGAUUCGAAAUGGGAAAGUGCCCACAUCUAGCGACAUUUUUGUAUUUUCACCUUUACUAUUUGUAGCUCGAUCAGGAGAUGUUGUUGGCUUGAAAGCUCUGAUUGGACAGGGAGACAUUGACCUUGAUAAGCAGGAUGAAAGAGGUUUCUCUGCGGUUAUGGUUACAGCAAAGGAGGGUCAUGUUGAUGCAUUCCGAUUGCUUGUUUAUGCUGGGGCUGACGUAAAGCUGUGUAAUAAGUCUGGUGAAACUGCCAUUACACUGUCUAAGCAGAGUCCAAAUAGAGAUCUCUUCGAAAAGGUGAUGCUUGAGUUUGCUCUUGAAAAGGGGAAUCGUAUUGGUGGAGGAUUUUAUGCCUUGCACUGUGCAGCUCGCCGUGGGGAUUUGGACGCGGUCAGGUUGUUGACAAGUAAGGGUUAUGAUGUCAAUGCUUCUGAUGGGGAUGGCUACACACCCCUCAUGCUGGCAGCGAGGGAGGGCUAUGGGAGCACGUGUGAGUUCCUCAUCUCUUGUGAAGCGCAAUGUGACAUAAAAAAUGCUAGAGGCGAAACUGCACUAUCGCUAGCGAAGAAUAAUGGACGGCAGAAUGAAGCUGAGAAUGUGAUCCUAAAUGCACUAGCACGCAAGCUAGUGCUUGGUGGUUCACCUGUGCGAAAGCACACCAAGGGAGGGAAAGGGGCUCCGCAUGCAAAAAUUGUGCAAAUGGUGGGACAUACUGGAGUUUUACGUUGGGGAAAAUCAAGGUGUCGCAAUGUCAUAUGCCACGAGGCAGAAGUAGGACCAAGUUUAUGCUUUCAGAGAAAUAGGCAUAGGAAAGGUGAUGCCAAUGAACCUGGAAUUUUUCGAGUGAAGACAACAAAAGACAAGGAAAUGCAUUUUGUGUGUGAGGGUGGAGUUGAAAUGGCAGAGUUGUGGGUGCGAGGAAUAAGGCUUGUGAGUUGUGACAAGAGAGGCUAGGCAGACCUUGUAGUGCUGAAGAAGCUUCUAGGAUGUACAGAUAUGUAGGAGUACCUCAUCUCGAAGUACUUGGAAUUCGGUUUUGAUUGCCUUCGUUGUAAAUUUAUCCUGAAUAGAGAGACAAUUGAGAGAUGAUUCAUUCUGGUA